CUGCUGUUUGGGGCAACUUCUUAUUACGACACCGAUGGAAGUGUAAAGCUAAGUGUUUAACCAUAAAAAACAGAUUAGUACAUCGUCCCUCAAAUUUACAGCACACACUGAAAGCUCUAGACCAGCAUACAUGCAUCUGUCACCACGGUAUUACGCUAAUAUCGUACAUGGCACAUAAUCCAAAUAGGAGUACUUCAUGCACUAAGGCAUGUUAUAAAGUCGGUUGCAGUAGAGGCUGACUAGCUCUAUCCUAUGUGAAUUCAGCUCUGCUAACUACAGUUCAGAUUUUUCAAGUGUUAUGUACACCAGAAUCACGAGUCGUAAUUAAUAAAUGCUGAAGGGGCCUAGUUGCAACAAUUGUGGUAGCUUGUUGCAAGGAACAACUGCCAUACGUGCAGUAAAAUCGAAAUUCGUAACAGCAGAAUACACGCGAGACUUUCUUCGGCGUUUGAGGUAGAUUUCCUUUUACAAGUUCUAAAAUUCUAUGUAAUUGCGAGAUUUCAAUUUCAGGCUGAGACAUGAUGUAAAAAUUUAAGAAAGAAAAUCUUUCCCCACAGGUGCUUUACAAAAUAAGUCUCACGAUGAAAGAUGAAUAAUGCGAACUGAGAUCAGUGAGACACUUCUUUACACGAAAAUUUAACUAAGACCUUCGUUGUAUUUCUCGGGGCUCCUGCUUUAAGGGUGUCAGAGCUAAGUGUGGUGGUUGUGCUCGCUGCGCUUGUGUACGCUUUGCUGCCGCCAGCGCAUUUAUUAUUCGAGAGCGGAAUCGACCACAGUGAGCCAUAAAUGCACUUUGGACAGGUAGCGCUAUCGACUGCUACUCCGGACGAGCGAGAAUUCAGUAAUCGAAUUCUGACUGCCGGUCAAAGUCACGCUAGUUUCAGAGAGUAGGGGAAAAAAAAAUUUAUAGCCAUGCAUCGACGACAAUAUAGUGCGCGUUUCACGAAAUUUUAAUUAGUUCAUAACUUAGCAUUUCAGUUCCAGACAUUUGGCAGACAGUCGUAUAGAAAAACGUCCUUAGACACGAAUAAAACUGAAACUGUUGAAAUUCAUGAAUAAAAAUAAAUCUGUUCUCUACAGUUUUUUUCUGGGCAUUGAAGGUAUACCAGAUCUGCAUCUAUAGUAUACAUUCGCGGGAAUUCGCUUUCAAUUUCGAUCCGAGAAUCUAAUACUGUCGUUGUAAAAUGCUAAUGUUUGGAAAGUGAUGAAGAGGAGAAUAGUCGCGCUAUUAGCAAAAAAUAUCUACGCAACAACACGCAGCGUCGUUUCAAAUCUCAAGAUAAUUUGGACUAGACGACUUACCGCAGUCUUGAAGAAAGUGGUUUGUGGUAAUGCCCGUGUAAAGACUGAAUGAAGAUAAACUCCAACUGAAACCUCCAAUGACGUGUUCAGUGAGUAUGUAGUUGUUUUAAUGAAGUCAUCAUUAUUCGAGAGUCACUAUUUGGAGAUUAACAGUGCCUGAAGGACACAAUAUCUGUUGAGGAAAACUGUUAUUGAAUAACUUUGUGUUACAUAUACACUUAACACUUGUUAGUGAACUUAACAUUUGUUAGUGAACUCUAAAGCAAAUUAGUUUCCAGCACUAUUAAGUAGUCUAUUUUUCUUUAAACUUUUUUCUUUAUCACGGGAAAUGGAAGAAAGAAAUGUGAUUGAUUUUGGAAUACUCAAGACAAACGUCCGAUAGGUAUGGGAAACAUUUAACUCUAGUGAAGUAAGUGUAGUGUACCGUUGACUAACUUUUAAGAAGUUUAGAUCUGUUUCCUGAUAAAUCAAAGUCGUGUUGCAAAGAUUCUUCUCUUAUAUUGUAAAUAUUGGUACUGUAUAAGUAGUUGUUAACGUAUUACAUUCUGAGAAGGGGUGAAGUCUCACGGUUCAAGUCUAAAUCGUAAACUAUAAUCUGUAUUACCAGUAGAUUAUUUCAGAGAUUCAGUGAACUUUUGACAUCCCUAUAAUUUCGCGCGGAUGAUUUACCCUGUACAUAUAAUGUGGGUGACUAAAGACAUUUGGUCAGUAAUAGAGGCUAGGAGACAGUGAAGACUUGUGUACUUCAAGCAGAAGCCCGUUUUCUCGGAUACUUAGAAGGCGAUAGAAGGAAGUGGUGUCUUCCUAUGAGCAAGGCCGGUACUCUGCAAUGCCCGUCAUCUCGAGACCGAGAGGUGUGACGUCAUCAGGGUCAGGCGGACGAGGAACAUCGUCCACGUCGGCGACAACGACCGCCACGUCGACUACCGUAAUCGUCAACGACUUGAACGACGACAUCUCUGUGACGUCAGCGAGCUUCACCCUUCUGCGCGACAAUGAGCCGCUGCCUCCGGAACACCAGGAGCUGAACGUGAAGGCGCUGCAGCGCAAGCUGAUGGAACUGAAGGCCGAGAAGGAAGGCGUCCCACUCUUCACCAAGACCAGAAAGUACAACAACAACAACAAUAACAAUAACCGGAUCACGCGGUCACAGAACAACAUCUCGGACCCCAAGAAGAGGAGCAACGUCGCAGGGGAGAAGGUGCUGAGCAAGUCGGUGAACAACCUGAGCGCCAGCCUGGUGAGCAACAACGCCGGCCACAAGGGCUAUCACCGCAACUGCUACACGAGCGCGGGCCCGGCCGACUACUCCUACUUCCACCUGUACGGCAGCAUGGCGGCGGCGGCCGUCGCCAAGCACAACAACUACCGCAACAACCUGCAGAACGGCGCCGCCGGGGCGCAGACCGAGUCGCCCAAGCUGGCGCGCAAGAAGCGCUCCUCUCCAGGGGAGGAGGGCACGCCUCCCCAGCAGCCGGGCGGUCGCGGCCGCGCGGCGCCGCCCGGCCAGGGCAGGGAGCGGCCCAUGUUCGUGACGACGGUCAAGUCGGGCUGCUUCCUGGAGCCGCCGCCGGAGCUGGCCGCGCUGCUCGGCCUCCCCAGGGCUGGAGGCCUGGACCAGCGCCAGGUGCUGCUCUACUCCUUCUCCAGCCAGCCGCGCGUGCUGCCCAGCAACGCCGGCCGCCAGCAGGUGCACAAGGCACGCUGCCCGGCGGCCGCCUUGGCCGCACAAAAGCAGCAGCAGCAGCAGCUGCAGCAGAAAAACGGCGAUGCCAAGAAGCAAGAUGCCGGCCCUCCGUACGCCAACAUCAUGUACGACCGCCGCGUCGUACGUGGAAGCACAUUUGCUCAGCAUCCUAUCCCGCAGCCCAAGUGGAAUCCCUACUUUGGAUAUGCCAAGUUGCUGUCUAAGACGGAUGGGGAGUCGCAGGCGGCUCGCCAGGCCGAGGUGCGGCGCCGGGCGCUGGCCAGGAAGCGCGCGCACGCGCAGCAGGGCCGGCUGGGGCUGCGCAUCGGGUCUCCGCCGCCGGUGGCGGGCCGCAAGCACGAGACCGUCCAGACGUCCGCCUACCUCGAGGAGAUCCUCGACCGGCCGCUGGAAGAAGACGCCUGCUGCCAGACAGACCUGUUCCUCGACCGGCCGCCGACGCCACCCUACGUACCGGCCAAGACCGGCCUCGACCAGGAGACGCAGAUAUACCCAGGAGACCUCUUUGACUUCGACUUGGAGGUGGAGCCAAUCCUGGAGGUGCUCGUGGGCAAGACGAUCGAGCAGGCCAUGAUCGAGGUUCUGUCCGAGGAGGAAAUGGCCGCCAUGCGCGCGCAGCAGCGCCGCCUCGAAGAACGCAGGGCCGGCGAGGAGGCAGAGAUCAAACGACUGGAGGAGCGCGAGCGGCGCAUGCGCGAGGAGAAGGACCGGCGCGUCUCGCAGCUGGAGCGCGAGCUGCGCGAGCAGCAGGAGGCGGAGGAGCGGCUGGCGGCGGCCGUGCUCACCCGGGGCUACCUGGAGGACGCGCUGCCCGCCGUGCUGCGCGGGCUCAACGAGGCGGGGUACUUCAUCGACGCCAUCCGCGAGGACGUGCUGCAGAACUUCAUGCCGUGGCUGAUGAACGAGGUGCGGCAGGAGAUGGACCAGAUGGUGGCCUCGCGCCAGGUGCUGACGGACCUGGUGCGCGACAUCGUGCGCUCGCGGCGCGACAUCUACAUGGCGCUGGUGGAGAGCGACCGCCACCAGCGCUGGCUCGAGGGCCACGAGCACGAGCAGGAGUUCCAGCGGCAGCACGCCGACAGGCUCAAGAAGGAGCAGGAGCUGGCCGAGGUGGAGGCGGCCAAGGCAGAGGAGGCAGCAGACGAAGAAGAGUCCGGAGCGUCGUCUUAGUUCUCAGCAUCUCCACCGCGGCCCUUGGCGCUACUGCCUCUGGAGCGCCACAGCGCUGCCAACGGACGACAGGUGAACCAUUUCGACACACCGCUCCGCCAAAUUACCAGAAGAAAAUGCCAACGUUCGGAGAGUGCAAGCAGAGAUGUACAACACAAAUUUUUGCCCUGUUAAUGUCAUUUCAGAUAAUUUAUUCAAUACAAUCGUUUCAUCGAUUCAUGUCCUCUGUCGUUAAAAUAAAGAUCAGCUGAAAUAAUGUUAGCAGUUUUAAAACUUUUAAAAUAAGACCAUUUGCAAUAGAAUUUAUAAAUACCUAGUACAGACAAUCGUUCUUAGUAGCAAACAAUAUGGAUUUCAAAUAAGACUAUCAUCUGAGCAGGAUAUAUUUACUAGACUGAAUAAAUCAGAUAUUAUAACUAUUUUGAUUAUUUUGUGACUUGGCUAAGGCUUCUGUUUGUGUAAAACCAUGAUAUCUUCAUGAUGGUGAAGUCAAAAUGUUAUGUAGUGCAAGACACAGCAGUUUGAUUAUUUCUAUCUCACUUCUAUGACAAAAAGCCUUGUGUAACAUUUUCACAGAUAUUACGUUAGCAAUAGGCACUCAGCAUUUGAAUCAAUCAGUGAGGUCCACCAUGGAGUUCUGUUCUAUGUUCUUUCUGUUACUUAUAAUCUUAAAUGAUCUUACCAGAAGGUGUAACCUCUUCACAGUCGAUGCAAGUAUGAAAAUUAAAAAUAAGUUGAGCCUUAUUAUUUAAAAAAGAACAACAAUUGUAAUAUUUGAAGGCAUCAACAGAUGUUACAGAACUCCUUAACCUGUGACAAAAGUUUAUUCAAAGUACGAAGUGUACUGAUCAGUGUUGAUUUUUAUUGCAUCUGGAAUGUGCACAUCCUCAAUGUAAUGAAGUGCCGUAGUUAACCUAUUACUUAAAAUUGAAGAACUUAGUUUGUCAUACUUAUUCCCAUUCUAUAAUGAAUUAAAGAAUAAUUUUUUGUGAAUUCGAUUAAUGGGGAUAAUAACAUUUCAGAAUACAGAAGUGUAUAACGAA